GUAACUAUUACUUUUCAUUCAAUUGGUUUCUAUCAUUAUGGAUAAUCUUUAUAAAUACUUGAAUAUAUAUAUAUAUAUAUAUAUAUAUAUAUAUAUAUAUAUAUAUAUAUAUAUAUUCGAUUCAUCUUCAAAGUUUCACAGUUCAUUUAAACACAGUUACAACAACACCUUCAACAACAACAACAACAACAACAGAAUGACAACUGAUUUACCUGAAGUAACUGGUAGUCCAAUAUGGUUACGUAAAAUGCGUACAUUAUUUCGUCGUCUUGAUUCAUGUGGACAUGGUUAUUUAAUGAUUGAUGAUUUAUUAGAUAUUGGUACAACAAUAUUUAAUAUUUAUCCUAAAAUGUUAUCAUAUAAAUAUGAUGAAUUAGUUAAAACAUUAGUUUAUUUAUGGUAUCAAGUAUUAUGUACUCAUGUAUCUAGGCAAUUAGCAACUACAAUGAAUAUUAAUGAAAAUACAUUUAUUGAUAAUUUAUUAAAUGCAUUUCAUAAUGAUUUUUAUCAAUAUUUUAAUGAAAAAUUUAUUCUACCAUUAUUUGUUGCUAUGGAUCAAGAUGAUGAUAAUUAUAUAACAAGUACAGAAUUUCAAACAUUAAUGAUUGCAUGGAAAUCAAUACCAAAAGAUUGUGAAUUAUUAUUUCGUUACUAUAGUGAUAAAAAUAAUAAAUUAAAUAAAGAAAAUUUUCAAAAAAUUUUUAUUGAUUAUUUUAUGUCAGAUAAUAUAAAUAGUAAUAUUAUAAAAUUAUGGGGACCAUUAAUUAAUUAUAAACGUGCUGAAGAUUAUGGUCCAAUUGAUUGUGGUCCUGUAUGGGAAGGUAAAAUACGUACUAUGUAUAGACGUUUAGAUAUAAAUGAAACAAUGAAAUUAAAAUGUCAUGAUUUAUUACAAAUUGGACAAUUUUUAAUACAACGUGCACAUUUAGAUAGACGACGUGCUGAUGCUGUAAUGCGGGCUAUGUUAAAUAUAUGGGUGAAAUUUUUGGCAAUCGAUAAAAAUGGGGAACAUUUAGAUGAAAUUCGUGAAAUUGAAUUUGUACACAAUAUGAGAGAAAUGAUCAAUGGUGAAUAUCGUCAUGAAAUUGAUCAAUUCGGAUGGACAUUUUUUAAAGCUAUAGAAAUUGAUAAUAGCGGUUUUAUAUCACAAGCAUCAUAUCGUAUAUUACAAGAAGCAUGGCAUGUUGGACGAGAUGAAGCUGAAGGAAUGUUUAAAAUAUUGGAUAGUGAUAAAGAUGGUAAAAUUAGUAGUGAUGAAUUUCUUACAGCAUGGAAUGAAUUUUUUCUUAGUGAAGAUCCACAUAGUCCAUAUAGAAUGUUUUUUGGUCCAGUUAUAUCACGUCCUACAGAAGCUAGAUAAAUACAAUAAUCAAUCAAUCAAUCAAUCAAUCA